CCUCGGCUUCGAACUUACCCAGACCUUUUCCAGACAACGUGUCCCCAUUCCCAAAGCUAAAGUUUGAUGUUAGGCAGACUGAAUUCCAUCUACGUUUACAUGGGUCUGGAUAAGUAUAUAAGUGCUCGCUGCCCCAGGCUUUGAGCAACCAGGCUAUCAAUGAACGAAUCAUUCCCCUUAACCUCCAGACGACUCCGAAGCGGCCAACAAACAUCAUGAAAGUACUCACUACAGCUUCCCUCCUCUUUGUCUUCUCUUUGCUUUUCCAGGGCCUCGCGUCAGCUUGGGAUCUCCCAUCUUUCCAGGUCCUACUCAUCUCCUCAUGGCUAGGCAGCAGCAGUGUAAUCUCGCGCGUUCCUCAAUUCGUUCUCGACACGGGUCAUCCGUGGCUCACCACUCAUGCCCACGAACUUUCCAGGCUUCCGGACGUGACAUCAUUCAUUUGCACGCUCUCGGCCGACGAUGCCUAUUCUCAAGAUGGCGUUACAUAUGGAAAAGAGAGCUCGGAUGUGCGCGAGGGCCUCGAGGUACCAGCGGAUCUGUUCCACCGGCUCGAGAUCAACAAUUACCGCGCUGGCGUGAGCCGCUACGGCUGGAAGAAUUUUCGCAAUAAACUCAAGGAGAUUAAGGCGUGCCCGAGGGCACUCGCCGAAGUUCGCGACUUGACGGUCGAAUUGAGGUGGCAGACCCUGGGCGAUACCUGGGACCACCCCGCCGCGAAAUCGACGCCUCCCCCAAAGCCCGUACCGGCGCUGUUCUCCGAGGUCAUGGGGAAGAUGAAGAACUUGAGUACGGUUGAUUGGUUGAUUGGUUGAUUCGGGGAGCCGACGAGAACGCUGCCAUCGGAAAGGCCUUUAUCAAGGACGGGACGCGGUUGCCUGGUGUGAAGCACUUGGUGACGAGCAUGAAUGCGCCUUGGCUUGUUGACGCUUGCCCUUCACUGACCUCACUCGAAGCGAAACGCGAUAGAUUUGUCUGGGGAGAAGAGGGGUACGUGAGGGAUGAGGCCUGGUUCGCGGCCGCUGGGAGAGCCAAAGGUCUGAGGAAGCUUGAUAUGGGAAACGUCGAUUAGAUGGACACGAUGACUGAUUGUGAGUACCUGGGGCGCGGGAACGUCCACGUCAUUUUCAUUCUAG